AUGGAGGAAUCUUUGUUGUCCGAGCGGGAGGAGGCGGGUCGGGACCGAAGCUCAUGUUACGCGGCUAUAUGGCUGUGCUGCCACGUACGUUCCCGUGGACGCUGGGAUGGCUGUGGGCGACUGACUGCCUUCUUUUGCCUGUUCACUGUUGCGUUUUGGAUUGGCGUCACGAGGAACUUGUACUGCAAUCCUGAUGCGCUGCGGGAUGUCGAGCCCCCAUUCAACGGGCAGUUGCUGCCGGCAAACUUCACACUGGUUGAGCGGAAGUAUCUGCUCAUCCAAUUUACGAAGUUGGUCGACGUGUAUGACGAUACCCAAAAACACGUCGGAUAUUUCUACGACAUCAACCUGUUCAUCAUCAUGCGCUUCGGGUUCUCCGAUGCAAACGGCAGGAUUUGGUUCGAGGCACGGUAUGCAUCCUUCCUUUCUCGAUUCAAGCCCAUCAUCGAGUAUAACGUUCAGCGCUGUGAUGCAGGUGGAGUUGGCAGACCGUCCACACUUUUCGAGCUGAAAGAAGUAUGGUGGAUAGAAUCCUACUGGCGAUGUUUCGUGAACUGCAGCAGGCUGUUCAAUCUCGCGGAGCGGGCGGCUCCCGGACAAGUUCGCGAAACGCUGAUACCAGAGGCCAGCUUUGGGCUGGAUCCCAAAUUCCAGGUCUCCUUCGAUGGCUGGCUGGCGCCAACUCUUCGUGGGCAGAUCACUGGGCCCGUGUCGUCGUUCGGCACCGGAGUUCGGCAGGUGUGGUCCAUGCACCUCCAGAAUGCUACAGAUGGUCGGCUUGUUGCCAAAGCUCAGCAGCACUUCGUCAUCGGAAGCGCGACCCAAGACAUGAGGGUUCUCUCACGAUGGAAGGUGGAAACCUUGAUACCAUCUCAGCUGCCAAAUUGGGUCAUUGGAUUCCUGGCUGUGCUCGAUGAUAUCGAAGAGGACUACUGA